CAGGGUUGUUUCACAAAAAUCUGAGAGCAAGAGGCACAGCAGCACGGUUUGAGUGUUGUGGGACAUAUGAGGACACAGUGACCAAAAACUCUGAGACUCUGCUGGUCACUGCAAAUGAGGAAGGCGUUGACAAAUUCUUAGAACGGCCAGGGACCUCAAGGAAUAAAAUACUGUUGCUGGAAAUGUGCAUAGUGCUGCUGCUGCUCCAGUGAAUAUAAAGCCUUCUGUCACAGCUUCAGUUCAUAUCUGAGCUAGUAUAGACUCAGACUCCCUGUGUCCUCGAGAAGAUUUCAUGACAUCUGAGAUGAAUGAGAUGAUGACUUCCCUGAAGACGAGGUACCUCCUACCCCUCGCCACCCUCCUCCUCCUCCUCCUCCUGUCCAUCACUCCCACAGGAGCUGAAGUGGUGCAGUCCAUUUCAGACUGUGACCAGUUUUUUCUAGGUCCAACUCCACCAGAGAUCCCUGGGAUCCUGGUGGGCGGCAACAUCCAAGACCAGAACCGAUACAAAGUCAUCUGCCAGACAUAUGACAACAACAAAAGGUUUGUGACGCUCUACGACACCAAGAACAGGAUUCCUGUGUUUUCUGCUUACAAGUACAGGGGGGAUAAAGGAAAAAGACCCGACACCCCUUGGAUGAUAGAGCCACAGCUUGAAGAAAACAACGGCAACAUGAGGGCUGAGAGACUCCGGAACCAGGCCAGUGACCAGGAUUAUAAGAAUACAGGCUCUGAUCGUGGCCAUUUAUUUCCAUCUGGUUAUGGAUGUGACAUAAGUGAAAAAACCUCAACAUUCACCCUGACAAACGCCGUUCCACAAGUACCAUCAUUCAACCAAGGCAGCUGGAGCAAAAUGGAGGACUGUGUCAAAUGUGUCCUGAAAAACUACUGCCUUAACAACAAUGGUGUCAUUGAAGGCUACGUGGUGACGGGCGCAGUGCCUGGCACAGAAAACCUCAACAACAGGGUUAAUAUACCUUCCAAGCUCUGGUCUGCUUUCUGCUGUUACAGUCAAACAGAGAAUAUGUGGCUCGCGAGUGCACACUGGGGUGACAAUGUUGAGAGGCAACCUGAUUAUCUGGAGACACGAACUCUGGCAGAACUCAACAAUACACUGAGCUAUGAUGCGUUUCCCAUACAGUGUCCUCGAGACACAACGGUUACUGAAUUGUACCCGAAAUUGCCAAAAAAACAAAACUGCCAAUGUCCAGCACAGCCUUUAACCACAACUGCCCCUCCCACUACCACAACUCCCUCAACAACAGCUGAGGCCCAAACUACCACCGUUCCACCAACAACCACAGUCCUAACGACGACGACCAAAACAACUGCCCCUCCCACUCCCACAACUCCCUCAACGACAGCUGAGGCCCAAACUACCACCGUUCCACCAACAACCACAGUCCUAACGACGACGACCAAAACAACUACUACUACCACCCAAAAAAGUGAAGACAAUUCAAAAAAUAAAGACGAUGGGCAAGAAGGAAAUCAACAACAACAAGGUGGUGGAAAUGAAGUUUCAACUGGUGGUGGGAAGAUAGUGGGAGGAGCUGCUGGUGCAGCAGCAGCAGGUACACUAGGAGGUGGAGCACUGGGUGUUAUAGUGAGCAAGGCCAUUGAAGGAAUUGCUGUAGCAGGAGGUGGUAGUGCACUGGGAAGUGGUGGUGCACUGGGAAGUGGUGGUGCACUGGGAGGUGGUGGUGCACUGGGAAGUGGUGGUGCACUGGGAGGUGGUGGUGCACUGGGAAGUGGUGGUGCAGCGGGAGGUGGUAGUGCACUGGGAAGUGGUGGUGCACUGGGAAGUGGUGGUGCACUGGGAGGUGGUGGUGCACUGGGAAGUGGUGGUGCACUGGGAAGUGGUGGUGCACUGGGAGGUGGUGGUGCACUGGGAAGUGGUGGUGCACUGGGAAGUGGUGGUGCACUGGGAGGUGGUGGUGCACUGGGAAGUGGUGGUGCACUGGGAAGUGGUGGUGCACUGGGAGGUGGUGGUGCACUGGGAAGUGGUGGUGCACUGGGUGUGUUGCAGCAGGAGGUGGUGGUGUAG